CGGUCCUCGCUCGGUUUCUGCCGCUGCGGAGGAGGAAGCGGGCCAGAGUCCCCCAGCCCUGGGGCCAUGCGGGCGCCGGUCGGGCCGGGUCUGCUGCUCUUGCUCGCCGUGGGCCUCCCGCAAAGCCUAGGACUGAAGUGUGGGAUCCGUGCGGUUGAUGUGAAAAGUACAGAAACUGUCUUGGAAACCGGGUUCUUCCCUAGAAUUGUUGGUUGGAGAAAUUCAACAGUCGGUGGACAUCCGUGGCAGGUCUCCCUAAAAUUAGGGGAGCACCACUGCUGUGGAGGAAGCUUGAUCCAAGAGGAUCUGGUUGUUACCGCAGCACACUGCCUGGUUGGCCUCAGUGAGAAGCAAAUUAAGAGUCUGACUGUGACUGCUGGGCAGUACAGCCUCUCUCAGAAGGGUGAACAUGAAUAGAAGAGUCCUGUCUCAAAAAUUAUUAUACAUCCUGAGUACAAUAGACUUGGAUAUAUGAGUUCUGAUAUUGCACUGCUCUAUCUAAAACACAAGGUUGAGUUUGGAACUGCUGUUCAGCCAAUCUGUCUUCCCCAUAGAGAUGAUAAAUUUGAGGCAGAGAUUCUUUGCAUGACCAGUGGAUGGUGCAAGAUCUCAGAGACAUCAGAAUAUUCAAACGUCCUACGAGAAGUAGAACUUCCCAUCAUGGAUGACCGAAUGUGUAAUAGUGUGCUCAAGGGUAUGAACUUUGCUCUUCUGGGAAAGACCAUGAUGUGUGCCAGUUUUCCUGAUGAGGAAAAAGAUGCCUGCCAGGGAGACUCUGGAGGUCCGUUUGUUUGUAGAAGAGACAGUGGAAUCUGGGUCCUUGCUGGGAUAACUUCCUGGAGAGCUGGGUGGACUAGAGAUUGGACUUCUUUAAGAACAAACCACAGAAGGGCAUCACUGGGCAUAUUCUCCAAGGUGUUUGAGUUGAUGGAUUUUAUCACUCAGAACAUAUUCACAGCUAGCUUAUGUAUGUGGAGAAUAAUGGUACCAGAAGAUAAAAUUAUCCUGAUAAAAUUUACAAGCUUGGACGUACAAAAUCAAGUUGGAUGUGACCAUGACUAUAUAUCUUUACAAUCAAGCAGUGGAGUGCUUAUUAGCAUCUGUGGCAUCCCUCCAUUUAGUCUCCAGUGGCUUUCCAGAAGAAUUGUAGAGGGCGAAGAAGCCUGCCCCCACUGCUGGCCAUGGCAGGUGGGUGUGAGGUUUCUAGGUAGUCACCAGUGUGGAGGGGCCAUCCUCAACCCCACUUGGAUUCUGACUGCAUGCAGCCCACUGAAAAAUAAUCCUCUCUUCUGGACCAUUGUUGCUGGGGACCAUGACAGAACCCUGAAGGAACCAACUGGGCAGGUGAGGAGGGUAAAACGCAUCGUGGCGCACGAAGACUUCGAUAGACGGAGCGCUGACUCGGACAUCGCCCUGAUACAGCUGACCUCUCCUCUGAAGUUCAACUCCGUCGUGAGGCCGGUGUGUCUCCCACAAAGCACGGAGCCGCUCCUUUCCUCGGAGAUCUGUGCUGUGACUGGAUUGGGAAGCGUUAGUGAAAAUGGCAGCUUAACAAGGCGCCUCCAGCAGAUUCGGGUGUCCAUGUUGGAAAGGGAGGGGAGCGAACGUACUUACUCGUCUCACCCAGGAGGGCUCACGGAGAAGAUGAUGUGUGCUGGCUUUGCAGACUCUGGAGGGAAAGAUUUCUGUCAGGGAGACUCUGGUGGCCCAUUGGUAUGUAGACAUGAAAAAGGUCCCUUUGUCCUGUAUGGCAUUGCCGGCUGGGGAGCUGGCUGUGCCCAGCCAAGGAAGCCAGGUGUAUUUGCCAGGGCGAGUGUCUUCUUGGACUGGAUCCAAUCCAAAAUCAAAGGUGCAGGUCCUGCUUCACUUCAGAUAAAUAAUGAAAGCAAGAUCUUACCAAGACAACAGUUGCCACCACCCACACUCUCAACAGACAAUGCAUCUGGACCAGGUUGUUACUCUGAGGUGGAACUAGAAGAGCCCAGAGGCUUUUUCUCAACUCCAGGAUAUCCACUGGAUUAUAGAGGAGAACUGGAAUGUUCUUGGGUGCUCAGAGUGUCCCCGAACAGUAUGGCAAAAUUGACGGUUGAGUACCUGUCACUGCCUUGGUCUCAUGUGUGUCCAGAUUCAGUUAUGACUAUUUACGAAGAAAGCCAUGAUGAGAGAAGGGUGUCAGGUGAAUUAUGUGGAAGAGGGCUUUACCCAAUGAUUUUCAUGAGCUCUGGACCACUGGUGAGAGUGGCAUUUCAUUCUCUUGUGCAAGGUGCUUUGGGCAUAAGUUAUAUUGUCUUUAGAGUCCAAGGUCCAAAGGGCAGCAAAACUCCCAAACUUCUCCAGAGUUCAAACCAAGAACGUACAGCCACUUGGGAGGAUGUUAUCCUGACUAAACCAGGAGGAAUUAUACAGAUCCCAAGAUACUCUCACAGAACCGUUAUGAGCUGCCACUGGAAGUUAUCAGCCCCUUUACAGCAUGUCAUUCGCCUUGAUAUUAUCAACUCCCAGAUGAAGCCGACGCCCUUGGCCUGUCAGGGUCACAUGUGGGUUUAUGAAGGAUUUGGAUCAGGCAAAAAAUUAAUAGGAAGAAUCUGUCAUUAAACAGAUUGAAUUGUCUCUUUUGUCUGCUUUGGAGGAGAAGGAAAGGACAGUGUUUAAGAUUCCAUGAGAGGAAAAAACAAAGUUAAUGAUCAAGGUAAGACUAUGAUGGAGGUAAGGAAUCCAGCUGGCCUGACUUUGGUUAUAUGAUAUUAUGAAAAUAGAGUGGAGAAUGCCCUGCUGCUAAACAGUAGGUAGUAAGAAGUGUACUCUGAUUUCUGUUAAAAACAUUCAGGUGUUUGUGGUCUGAUUCUAGUCACUUUAUGGUAAAAUGUGUAUUUGUAUUAAUUGCCUUAAUGUCAAACUUUGCGGGUAGUGGAGACCUGGGCCCAUUAGGGGAUAGAGAGUGAGGAGGUAGCACCUUAAUUACUGGGUGAGAAACACAUUGGUUUUGUUAAUGGAAUCCUUGUAGCUACGUGAAGUCCAUUUUUUUUUUUUUAAUGUGAAGUCUAUUCAUUGCCAUUCUUUCCAUAUACUUUUUGUCUUUUGGA